AUGAAGAUCUGCGCUGCUGCAUUGAUUGCACACUGCGUGGCGAUUCCUGUCACCUUCAAGGUUGGGUUUGGCGGCCAUCCGAUCAGUGCUGAAGGACCACACUUGGCUGGAAGCUUUCAAGCCUGGAGCCCAUCAGCAACGGCGCUGUCAGAUGAGAAUAUGGAUGGCAUCUACGAGGUCACGAUGGAUUUGCCCCCUGCUUCUUACCAGUUCAAAUUCAUAAAUGGCAACACAUGGGAGCAAGCAGAGACCGUGCCAUCGAGUUGCAGUGAGACAGAGUCUGGAAAUGCGAACCGCGCCUUCGUUGUUGAAGAGGCUGCAGUAUUUUCCGAGGUGAACGUUUGCUUUCAGGAGUGUCAGCCAUGCACCGGGCUCUCGGCAUGCAAGAUGUUCAAUUGCCCCGCGGGCUCCAUUCUCAAAGCAAACUUCCUGAAUGGACCUGGUCAGUCUUCGGCCACUUGCUGCGAGCCGGUGGUGACAGGCAAGGGAGCAAUUGUCGUGCGCAGCUCUGGCUUUUCGGAUGGCAACUGGGCAGAGUUCUGGCUGAAUGGACAGUUGCUGUAUGGCACUGGCACUCGCGGCCUGACGAUUGUGGAAGUUGAGCCUAGCACCGCUGUGAAGAGCGUCAACACUUUUGACACUUAUGUGGUGGCUUGGCUUGAGCUCAACGAGCAGAAGCCCACUGUAGGUAAGUCGCUUCUCCUGGAGGUAAAGGCUAGAAUAAGCCUCUUGGUAUGCCUCUCAGCGGAGAUUCGGGUUGUUGCUCUUUACGCGGGGCUGAUUGCUUUCAGUUUGAGCUUCGACUUUGCUGGGAGGAUAGCAGCGCUGUCUGGCAUAACUGACGGCAAGGAGCUGCAUUUUUCCUUGCUGUGCUACUCAAUAGUUGGCGACAGGCUCGCGGAAGCCCCUCCUGAGACGGAGUACGGAGUACUAGAUUCCACCCAGCUGGAGACAUUUUUAUCAUCGGUGGUGGCCGGCAACUUGAUCCUGGCCGCAGCUGUGGAUGAAGCAUCUGCAAACUUGAGCCCGCAGGCCAAAGAGUUGAUAGCGAGCUGCGGCGCGUUGAAGAUCAACCAGCUUGCUUUCAGGAGCUCAUAUGCCCUCAUUGGCACCAAAGAUGGGUCGGCCAUGUCGGAGGUGGUGUUGCAAGAAGGUGGUGGAACUGCAGUUGCGAUUGCGCAGAUGACGCUACCAGAGCCAGUUCUACCUUUGUGCAAGAUGUACAACUGUCCGUCUGGCUACAUUCUGAUGGCAAGUUCCAUGGAGACUCCUGGAUGCUCUCUGGAUGCCUGCUGUCAAGAAGCAACUGCGAGCAAAGGCGCUGUGGUCGUUCGCAGUGCUGGCUUUUCAGAUGGGAAUUGGGCCGAGUUCUGGCUGAAUGGUGACCUUCUGUAUGCCACUGGGACACGAGGGCUUACCAUCCUGGAUAUGUGGCCCAACACGACAGACCCUUGGACGUGGAAAAUCGGGGUGCGCAUGAUUGCAACUCCAGGGUUCAAAUUCAGCACCGCUCGAUUUAUGCUCGCUGAGGUUGAGAUUGUUCUGCUAACAGAUGCGUGCCUCCUAGGUCAGCAGCGCCUGCUGAUCCACUGGCAACUGCUCUCCAACUGUGGCGCCACGUUGAUUCCACAGCUGAUGUUCAGGAGCUCCUAUGCUCUCAUUGGCAUCAAUGGCGCCAAUGCCUUGUCCGAGGUGGUUCUUCCAGAAGGGGCGGGGCAUGCAGUUGCCGUUGCAGAAGUAGAUUUGCCAGAGCAGGGGACAACAACGCCAAUGCCGCCAACUUCGUUUUGUGCGCCCAGUCUGGCUUCAUGGUAUGCUGCCACGCCAUUCCAAGAUUGA